GUUUCUAAGACAAUGGCCAAGACUUUACGAAUACUAGACGGUGUAAAGUCCUGGGAGCUCUUUUCCAGCCUCUGUAUCAAGCGCCCGACCGUCAUCACUCCACAACUCACAACAUUAGAAAGCAAAGUAGCUGACUUGUUUGCUGCUAUGGAUUUCGAAAAAAGCCACUUGUCUUCUCAUGAAUUGCGGGAUAAAAUCGAACGGUCAAGAUUGAUGAAGGCUUUGGAAAGAGGAGAUGCAACCUCUGUGAGUAACGAUGGGGCACUUCUAACCGCACGGGAAUUGGAGCUCGAGUGGCAAGAGGCAGCACGUGUUUUCAAGCCGGCUGAUAGACUCACAGAAUUUGAUGAAUCGGGCAAUGCGAAGACAGCCUGGCGUCAAUUGGAUAAGCCAUUGGUCAUGCUUGUUAAGCAGUCUUUUAAGAACGAACCUCCUGCCUGGUGUUUGCCGUGUCUGAGGGUGGAGAAUAACCGGACACUGAGAGAGACGGCAGAUGUUGUGAUAGAGAAGUAUAUUCCCAAAACAGCGAAAUGUCGCAUCUUCGGGAACGCUCCUUCUGCCGUUCAUGUGUACAAAUAUCGCGACAAGAACAGUGGUGAAAAAAUGGGCGCCCAGUAUCCAAAAAUAACUCGCCCACAGCAGCGGAAGUUAUUCUAUUGUGACACUAUGUUCACUGUGCCGUGGGUCUUGUUUUUAUCAACCUGCACAAAUCGAUUAUGGGACCCAAUUGUUCAUCAAGGAUCACUGUCACACCAAGUGGUAGGAGGUAUGCGAAAUCUGAAAAUGAUAACCCCCACCGAUCUAAACAGGGGUAUGAAUGAUUGCAUUUUGCAGAUUUCCUGAUCUCUUCGAAACUACUGUUUUUGUCGACGAGCUUCGACUUGUGUCGUUUCACCUUUAAUACGUCUUCAUCAUGAUCUGCACACUUUGUUCUCAUUCUAGUGUUAGUUUCCCACAUAUCGCUGCGAUCUCCCCUUUCAGAUGUAUUUCUUCAAUGUUUACGCCGAUCGCUUGUGGCAUGGUGACAAAAUGAUCUCACUUCCUGGAGUUACAGAUUUUGUUUGGAUAACUCGACAGCAGCUGGACAGUUUCAUUACAGACCGAAAAUUUCUGCGGGUGUUGAAGUCUUUCAUUACUGAAUACUAACUUUGCUCAUCCAGCCUUGUAGAUACAUUUUUAACACGGAAAUUGUGACUGGUUUUGAGGCAAAAGUACAAAAGUACGAAUUCCUUCGUUCACAUUGGAUGUUAGCCUUCCGCAAACUCAACUGUUUCAGCUGACAGCAUGUCACAAGUUUUGUGAUAAAUUUACUUUACGCUUAGUCUGAAGAGACUGGAAUAUGGCCAAUCUCGGAGUGUACCGCUUAUCCGCUUGUGGAUGACCAUAGGUUCUGCAUUUUACCCAUUCCACCUGAGACAGUGCCCUGAAUUUCAUAACUAAGGGUACAAGAAUGAAG